AUGAACAAUUUGAUUAUUGAAGAUGGUUUCGUUGAAAAUAUCAUUUCUGAAUUUGGAGAUGUGAACAAUGUGUCAUUACCAUUUGAUAAGGUUUUCUACAUGACAAGAAAUAAUAACUCAGAAGUAAAUGAAGUUGUGGAAUAUCAAGAGGAUAGUGGUGAUAAUUCUGCAGUAAAUAUAGUCUUUGAAAAUUGGAUAGAUCUAAAUGGGGAUGUGAACAAUGUGCUAGUAUUAGUUGAUAAGGUUUCCUAUAUUAUAGAAAACAAUAGUUCAGAAGUAAAUGAAAUUGUGGAAUAUCAAGAGGAUGAUGGUGACAAUCCUGCAUAUUCUAUUAUAUUAGUUAUGGCCUUCAAAAAGUGGCUAGAGCUAAAUGGAUAA